GUUGCGGAUGGGGAGGGGGCGUGGUCGCAUCUGCGCACUGGUGUGGAGCUGGGUAGGCGCGCUGAGAGAAGAUGGCGGCGGCGGGGGAAGCGGCAUGAGCGGUCUCACUCAUUGAAAGUGUCCAGCAUGGCCUCCCCGGGCGCGCAGUACAUAUUUGGGGAGUUCAGUGAUGAUGAAUUCCGGCAGUUCUUCGUCAGUGCUCGCUGCACGGUAGAGUUGCCUCCUUUUAAUGAAACAGUUUCAUUUGGACUCCAAUCUUCAAGUGAUCUUCAGGAUGGUGACGAGUAUCAGAGAAUUGAGUUUGGGGUCAGUGAAGUGAUUGAUCCAGAUGCCUCUCAACUCAGUAACUCGGAUUACAGUAUUUCCAGCACCCUAAAUCCCCAGGCUCCGGAGUUCAUCCUCUCCUGCAGCCCAACUCAGAAAUCUCCCGACGACUUCAUCCAUUCAAACAACUGCAGUGACACUGAUGGUCAAUACCAUGAAAGUGUUCCAGACAGCAGUGGCAAUGCAGACAGUGAUGGUACUUCCGCGCAGAGAGAGCGGAAAAAGAAGAAAAAAAGGCCUCCGGGGUAUUACAGUUACUUAGAAGGUGUUGCCGAUGGCAGUGACCCUGCAGAGACCCUUGUGAAUGGGCAUGCCACCUCUGCAGGACUUCACGGUGUAAGCACAGAUGAGCCUGAGCUUGCGGAAGAUGUUCGGGCAUCUUCAGCCUCUCCUAGGACUUGUUACAGCCCAGAGCCCUCUGUGGACUUCAGGAAUGACACUGUCAUUAAUGACAGCACUUCUGUACCUAAUGCACUAGACAAUACCAGGACUGCUGGUCAGCCUGAGGAAUGCAGUGUUACAACUUCACAAGCACUUUGCAUGGCCUCAGAGUCUGGGCGGGAAAGCCCAAUAAGGACAGCUGAGGAGCAGCCGUCGGCUGUCUCUGAUACUACUGAAAAUCUUGGAGUAACCAAUGGACAGACACUUGAAGCCACAGAUGAUGCAACGGCCUCAAAUGGGCUGGAUUUACAUCCUGAGGCCGAGCAAGUAAAGCCAGAGGAUACAUCCUUGUCUCAGGCUGUGAACCACCAGGUUUCCUCACUGGCCCCUGGGAAUCCACCUGCUAAGUCUUGGGCUAGUCUCUUUCACAAUUCCAAGCCCUCACCGACCCCACUGGUGGCUUUUGUUGAAACUAAGCCUGCCCUUCCUUCUGCCGCCCCUUUGGCCCCCGAGAAACAGGUUGAAGUUAAGGAAGGUCCUGUUCCUGUGUCAGAGGACCCUGUAGCCAUAAAGAUUGCAGAGCUCCUGGAAGGUGUCAAGCUCAACCACAAACCUGUGUCAUUACAGCCACGAGGACUCAUCAACAAAGGAAACUGGUGCUAUAUCAAUGCUACCCUACAAGCUCUGGUGGCCUGUCCGCCUAUGUAUCAUCUAAUGAAGUGCAUUCCAAUGUACACUAAACUCGAGAGACCGUGUACAUCAACUCCAAUGAUUGACAACUUUGUUCACCUGAUGAAUGAAUUUACAAACAUGCCGGUUAUUCCCAAAGCGAAGCAAGCUGCUGCUGGGGACAAGGUUGUUCGUGACAUUCGCCCUGGACCAGCAUUUGAACCCACAUACAUCUACCGAUUGCUGACCCUUUCCAAAUCAAGUCUCUCAGAGAAGGGCCGUCAGGAGGACGCAGAGGAAUAUCUGGGCUUCGUGCUAAAUGGAUUACAUGAAGAAAUGCUAUCUCUGAAGAAGCUCCUGUACCCGCAGAAUGACAAAAUGUCUAAUGGACCUGAAACCCAGCCUGCAAAUGAUGAAGACACAAACCAACAUGGAGACCAAGUUGAAGGCAGCGAUGAAGAGUGGGAGCAGGUGGGACCCAGAAACAAGUCAUCAGUUACCCGGCAGGCAGACUUUGUGCAGACCCCUAUAACAGAUAUCUUCGGAGGCCACAUGAGGUCUGUAGUUUACCAGCAAAGUUCAAAGGAAUCAGCUACCCUGCAGCCAUUUUUCACCCUGCAGCUGGACAUUCAGUCUGAAAAGAUCCGCACUGUCCAAGACGCACUGGAAAGUCUUGUGGCCAGAGAGUCUGUCCAGGGAUACACCACCAAAACCAAACAAGAGGUGGAGGUCAGCCGCCGAGUGACACUGGAGGAGCUGCCACCUGUCCUUGUGCUGCACCUUAAACGCUUUGUGUUUGAAAAGACCGGUGGCUGCCAGAAACUGGUGAAGAAUAUUGAAUACCCUGUGGAUCUGGAAAUCAGCAAAGAUUUGCUUUCUCCUGGUGUCAGAAGUAAGAUUUUUAAAGGCCAAAGAACCUACAGGCUCUUUGCAGUUGUCUAUCACCAUGGUAACAGUGCUACAGGUGGACACUACACUACAGACGUCUUCCAGAUCGGUCUCAAUGGCUGGUUACGCAUCGAUGACCAGACUGUGAAAGUGAUCAAUCAGUAUCAGGUGGUGAAACAGACUGUAGAGCGGACAGCCUACCUCCUGUAUUACCGCCACGUAGACCUGCUGUGAACCACGCCCUGUGCUGUGCUGUGUGCUCGUGCGCAAGAUUUCUGCUUCAUAGGACACAAAUUACCAGUUUCCACUUCCUUUUAAUCUCCAACUUUUCUUCUUCUUCUUUUUUUUUUUUCUAAUCAAGUGACCCCCUUUACACUCCCCCCUCCCUGCGCCAUCAGUUACUUUUUUUUUCUUCCCAGUACAUUUUUAGAUUAGGCUAGGUGGAUAUGUUUAAAAACCAUUUCACUUUGCUUUAGGGACCUCAGAAACCCCAAACUGCCAGUGGGGGCGAUUGGGGUCAGGAGUAGCCAAGAUGGCUGCUCGCCUUUUUGGGAUGCAGAGAUUUUUAAGCAUACCAUAUGACUCUCAAAGGUGAAAAUCUUAGUGGAUGAGAAGAUAUUGUAAUCAGCUUAGAAAGAUGUUUAAUAUAUUACUGAUAUUUCAUCCUUUUGCAGCUAGGAGCGCCCCCAUCUGGAGGCAAAAGGAUCAAAAAAUAAAACCACCUCUGGGCAGUAUAACCUCACUCUGCUGCAGCAGUUUAAUCGUUGACUUACAAGCAACAUAACUGUGGCAUCAGACUUGAUGUGGACCCAGGGAGCCAAGGCUUAACCAGUCGAAGGGUUGGUUCUUAAUACACAGAAUAGAUUUUUAUUAUUUUUUUAGCGUCUCGGGUAGAAGUGGCUGUGUCGCCUCUAGGGCACCCACACGCUUCGCCAAAGACUCAACGCACCAGCAUCAUCAAUCUACAUGUGAGAACAGUACGGCCUGUAAGGUUUUAGCCCCUUCCUGCAAGCCUCCACCCAUCACUCCUGGCAAACAAAAAAAAUAAAAAUCCCUGCCACACUCUCCUUUGCUUUCUGGAUCACUGAAUCAACAGUAAGAAUGAAAGAAAAUAAAGUAAAAAAAAAUAAACAAAAGUAUAUCAGGCUGCAGUUUCUCUCUAGGAUAUCUUGCAUAAAUCUGUUUAAAAAUGAAAAAAAAAAUUUAAAAUUAAACUAGGAAAAAUAAAAAAUGCAAAACUUGCUGGGUGCCUCGUAGGAGUAACCUAAAGUAUUAGGGUGUUUUAACUCCUUUCCUGCUGCACUAGGGCAGAGAACUCUCCUCUUCAGCAGCUGAAGGCUUUAAAACUUAUUGCGGAGAAAGGGCAUGAAAUAAGUGAACCUUUUCACUGUCUGUAUAGAGGACAGCAAUUGUAAUAAUACACAAAUGAUGCUCAUCUGUGUACAUUGGAGGUCAGGACGCAGAGAACCAGAGCCGCUCGGGAUUCCAGGCAGUCUGCUUCAUUUAAUUUUUGCUGUCUUGCUCUCCUCUAACGUUCAGUUCCUAAUAGUACACAGUUUAGUGAUAUCUAGGAGUAUAAAGUCUUCGCCCAUCAAUAAAGUCACAAUGUUGGUUUAA